UUCAAAGUCGCUCGACUUUCCGGUUUUCAUAGGACAUCAACUUUUUCGAACCACAGCUCUGAUGCCAUUGGUUUGCCUUCUGGACUCAAUUGUUUACAGCAAAAUUUUCCUUGCAAUCGCGGUAUAGGAAGAUAUUAUAACUUUGCAAUCAAUUGUGGUGGUCCUCCCAUUACGUCAAAUGGAAUUGCAUAUGAAAAAGAUGAUGAGACACUUGGCCCUGCUACUUAUUUUGCUACUGAUACAAACAUAUGGGCAGUAAGCAAUGUUGGAUUACUUCCCGGCGACAAAUACACAAGUUCUGUGGAUACUGAUAUUCAUUACACUAAUACUCUUGAUCUGAAUCCAAAGCUUUUCCAGACAGCCCGGCUUUCUGCUUCUUCAUUAAGAUACUAUGGCUUGGGGUUGGAAAAUGGGGAUUACAAUGUCACCCUUCAAUUUGCAGAAACAUAUAUUCUAGAUAAUACUUCAUCAUGGAGAAGUCUUGUAAGACGGGUCUUUGAUAUUUAUAUCCAGGGGAAUCGUGUUUCUAGAAAUUUUGACAUAAGAAGGGAAGCUGGGGGUGCCUCAUUUAGAGCUGUCCAAAAGGAAUUUCGAGCUCAUGUAUCAGAAAACUAUCUUGAGAUCCAUCUCUUUUGGGCUGGAAAAGGGACUGGAGACGUGCCAAUUUACGGUCCUCUGAUUUCAGCAAUCAAUGCUACCCCAGAUUUCAAACCCACUGUCAGUAACAGACCUCCAACUACUAAAAAGAGAAGAACCGGUCUGAUUAUGGGAAUUGUUGCUAUUGGAGUUGUAAGCUUUCUGUCUGUUCUUGUGGUUUUCUAUAUCAUUCAGAGAAGAAAGUCUCAUGGAAACAGCGAUGAAGAGCUAUCAGAUGUCGAUAUAAAGCCAUACACUUUCAGCUAUUCUGAGCUAAAGAAUGCUACAAAUGACUUCAAUCCUGGCAACAAGCUUGGAGAGGGAGGUUUUGGACCUGUUUAUAAGGGAACACUUGACGAUGGAAGGGAAAUUGCUGCGAAACAACUGUCUGUAGGAUCUCGUCAAGGAAAGAGCCAGUUCACAGCAGAGAUUGCUACUAUAUCUAGUGUGCAGCAUCGUAAUCUUGUUAAGUUAUAUGGAUAUUGCAUUGAAGGAGAUAAAAGACUUCUUGUCUAUGAGUAUCUAGAAAACAGGAGUCUUGAUCAAGCAUUAUUUGGACAUUGUUUAAUCCUAAAGUGGCCCACACGAUAUGAUAUUUGCUUGGGUAUAGCAAGAGGUUUAUCUUAUCUUCAUGAAGAAUCACAGCUCCGAAUUGUACAUCGUGAUGUAAAAGCUAGUAAUAUUUUGCUUGAUCACAAGCUGGUCCCUAAAAUAUCUGAUUUUGGUUUAGCCAAAUUAUAUGAUGAUGAAAAGAGCCAUAUUAGCACUCGUAUAGCUGGGACAAUCGGAUACCUUACUCCCGAGUAUGCUAUGCGUGGGCACCUCACAGAGAAAGCAGAUGUGUUUUCUUUUGGUGUUUUGGCCUUAGAGAUCCUUAGUGGGGGACCAAAUUCUGAUUCAAGCAUGGACAGGGAUAAGAUGUAUCUACUAGAAUGGGUUUGGCAGCUACAUGAAAAUAACUGUAUAUUUGAACUAGUAGAUCCUAAACUAUCAUCAGAUAUCAAUGAGGAAGAAGUUAAAAGAAUUGUAGGGAUAUCUCUUUUGUGCACUCAAUCAUCACCAUUGUUAAGGCCAGCAAUGUCCCAUGUUGUGGCAAUGCUUAUGGGAAAUAGUGAAGUGGGCACUGUAACUUCAAGGCCUGGAUACCUGACAGACUGGAAAUUUGAUGAUGUGAGCGGCUUCAUAACUGGCCAAUGGCAAAGCAAUCGGAUGCAAGUCAGAACAACUCAACAGAAAAGUAUUAGGGUAGUUAGCGAUGCAAACCAAACACCUGUGGAUGAUUCUAAACCUAUCCUUCUUCAAACUCCUAGUGAAAGCAUGUAAGGACUUCCUUUGGAUAUAAAGUUGUUUCUUAUAAAUAGAACCAGAAAAGGUAUUAAGUAAUGAGUAUUGAUUUUUUUUUUUUCUCAAUUCAUGUGUAUAGUAUUCAGAAGAGAAUGAGAUUGUGCUCCUAAAAUUUGGUUUUCCAUUUUCUUUUCUUAAUAUAUACUAUUUAUUAGAACCUUUAUUUCCCCAUGUAUGGUUAAA